GUAGAGGAAGUUUUGUUUUGCGAGUUUUCCGUCCGUCUCGACUGAUUGAGUAUUUAGUAAUUGUGCUUAAGAGAAUACGAAAUGUUAUUAGUGUGAGUUGAAUUACCGGUAACAGCUUGAGUGUUCAAGAGGGAGUACAAGCCCGAGCUGUUUGAAGCGGCGGAACUCAGCAGAGUAACCCGAGAGCACCUUGCUGCUAAGCUAACGUUACCUAGCUAGAUAGCGCGGCUAGCGUUAGCCUCUGGUCUGCGUUGUGUUGAGGGGGCUCUCUGAGCUAACGAAGCCAUGGGGAACCGGGGCAUGGAAGACCUGAUUCCCCUUAUCAACAAGCUUCAAGACGCUUUCAGCUCCAUUGGCCAGAGUUGCAAUUUAGACCUGCCUCAGAUCGCUGUGGUCGGUGGACAGAGCGCUGGAAAAAGCUCAGUCUUGGAAAAUUUUGUUGGCAGGGACUUUCUUCCACGUGGAUCAGGCAUUGUUACCCGCAGACCUCUCAUUUUGCAGCUGGUCAACAAUAAAGCAGAAUAUGCUGAAUUCCUGCAUUGCAAGGGGAAGAAGUUUGUGGAUUUUGAUGAAGUGCGGGCGGAAAUUGAGGCGGAGACAGACAGGAUAACAGGCUCCAACAAAGGCAUCUCUCCCGUCCCAAUUAACCUGAGAGUCUACUCCCCACACGUGCUCAACCUGACCCUGAUCGACCUCCCGGGAAUGACUAAGGUUGCUGUCGGAGACCAGCCCCAUGACAUCGAGCAACAGAUCAGGGACAUGCUGAUGCAAUUCAUCACUAAGGAGAGUUGUCUGAUCCUGGCCGUCACCCCUGCCAACACUGACCUGGCCAACUCAGACGCUCUGAAGAUCGCCAAGGAGGUGGACCCACAGGGUAUGCGUACCAUUGGUGUUAUAACAAAAUUGGACCUGAUGGAUGAAGGAACGGAUGCAAAGGACAUCCUUGAAAAUAAACUGUUGCCACUGCGUAGAGGCUACAUCGGUGUGGUGAACCGCAGUCAGAAAGACAUUGAUGGGAAGAAGGACAUUCGUGCUGCAUUGGCCGCAGAGAGGAAGUUCUUCCUGUCCCACCCUGCCUACAGACAUAUGGCGGAGCGUAUGGGCACGCCACAUCUACAAAAGACACUCAACCAGCAAUUGACCAACCACAUCAGAGACACCCUGCCUGGUCUGCGCAGUAAGCUGCAGAGUCAGCUCCUCUCCCUGGAGAAGGAGGUGGAGGAGUACAAGAACUUCCGUCCAGAUGACCCGACACGCAAGACCAAGGCUUUGUUGCAGAUGGUGCAGCAGUUUGGUGUGGACUUUGAGAAGUGCAUUGAGGGCUCCGGGGACCAGGUGGACACCAACGAGCUUUCAGGUGGCGCCAAGAUCAACCGCCUCUUCCAUGAACGCUUUCCCUUUGAACUGGUCAAGAUUGUGUUUGAUGAGAAGGAGCUAAGGCGAGAAAUCAGUCACGCGAUCAAGAACGUCCAUGGUGUCAGAACGGGGCUGUUCACUCCAGACCUGGCGUUUGAGGCCAUCGUGAAAAAGCAGAUCGUUAAGCUGAAAACGCCCUGUCUCAAAUGUAUCGAUCUGGUCAUUCAGGAGCUCAUCAACACAGUCAGGCAGUGCACCAACAAGCUCAAUUCUUACCCCAGACUGAGAGAGGAAACUGAGAGGAUUGUCACCACCCACGUCAGAGAAAGAGAAGGGAAGACCAAGGACCAGGUUCUGCUGCUGAUUGACAUUGAGCUGUCCUACAUCAACACCAACCAUGAGGACUUCAUAGGCUUUGCUAACGCCCAGCAGAGGAACACUGCUGCUAACAAAAAGAGGGCCAUACCCAACCAGGGUGAGAUUCUGGUGAUUAGGAAAGGCUGGCUAACCAUCAACAUCAGCAUCAUGAAGGGAGGCUCCAAGGAGUACUGGUUUGUCCUGACUGCUGAGUCCCUGUCCUGGUACAAAGAUGAGGAGGAAAAAGAAAAGAAGUAUAUGCUGCCUUUGGAUAACCUGAAGAUUAGAGAUGUGGAGAAAGGAUUUAUGUCCACAAAGCACAUCUUUGCAAUCUUUAACACAGAACAAAGGAACGUGUACAAGGACCUUCGCCAAAUAGAACUGGCGUGUGAUUCUCAAGAGGAUGUGGACAGCUGGAAAGCAUCCUUCCUCAGGGCAGGGGUUUAUCCGGAGAAGGACCAGACAGAGAAUGAAGAGGCUGCUCCUGCAGAUACAUUCUCUAUGGACCCCCAGUUGGAGCGUCAGGUGGAAACCAUCCGCAACUUGGUGGAUUCGUACAUCGGCAUCAUCAACAAAUCCAUCAGAGACCUUGUGCCCAAGACCAUCAUGCAUCUCAUGAUCAACAGUGCGAAGGAUUUCAUCCACUCGGAGCUGCUGGCCUACCUCUACUCAUCUGGGGAUCAGAACAGCCUCAUGGAGGAGUCAGCUGACCAGGCCCAGCGUAGAGACGAAAUGUUGCGCAUGUAUCAUGCACUCAAGGAGGCGCUGCACAUUAUAGGUGACAUCAGCGCCAACACCAUCUCCACCCCUGUACCCCCGCCUGUAAAUGACACCUGGAUCCAAGAAGCCAGCCCAACCCCUCAGCGUAGGCCGCCUCCGUCAACAGGCCCGCCUCCCAGCCGUCCGCCUACUGUUCGGGGCGCAACACCAGGACCACCCAUGAACCCUUCCCCCGCCUUUGGAGUUCCGCUCAACCCCUCUCCCGCCUUUGGUGCACCACCAAUCCCCUCUCGCCCAGGCCAACCCAUCAACGCCUACAACAGCAGCCAGGAUCCCUUCAGUGCACCCCCACAGAUCCCCUCCCGGCCAGCCCGUGUCCCACCCGGUGUACCCAGCCGAAGACCCCCCGGCGCUCCUUCUCACCGGCCCACCAUUAUCCGCCCUGCUGAGCCCUCCCUGCUAGACUAGACCUGUGGCAAAGCCCACCAAUGUGUGUGUGUUUGUGUGUGGGUGUGUGUAUCUGCACACUGUAGGGCGGGGGCUUGAGGGGAGGGGCUGACUGAUAGCGGUGCAUAAUGUGCACCGUUCAGCUGUAUUAAUGUCUAUUCAAGCAAUGUUAAUAAGCUGCUAAUACCCUCUUUAUCAGUGCACAUGAAUGAAAGAAAGCCCUUAACCACUUGAAUAUUACAUUUGACUGCUGUGGAAAUGUGUAAUACAAAAUAAAACCCAGCUGAUCAGAGGGUGCAUUAGCUUCUAUCAGUAGGAGACGAUGUAUCGAAUUCAGUCCAAGAGCUUUUUUUUCUUAAUUGUAAUAACUGGUUUAUUUCCUCUGACAAGUUCUUGCCAGAAGCCCAUUAAAUAACUUAAUAACUGUUACAGGCUGGCUUUCCUCUCCCCUCCCUCCACCUUUUUAGAUUGGCCCAGACGCCCAAGUGUAGAUCACUGUGUAAUAUACACACUUAACCUGUUGAUAAUGUUUUACUUGGUUUUCAUUUCCUAACUGAUUUCAUACUGAAAAACAAUAGCUUAUUAUCACUGUUGUUAUUUUGGUGGUGUCAAUUACAUUUUUUCCCCCUUGUGAUAUUUUAUUUGAGUGACUUUGUCCUUUUUAAUGACCGUCACAAAUGUAGCUUUAAAAAUGAAAUCCUAAUCUCAGCAAAAAACAAAGCAUAAAAAGACACAGGGCAGGGUUGUAUGAGACUGAGAGAGUAGCUUCAGUUCCCCCCUCUGUAAAAUAUCCUUCCACAAUGAGAUGAAGAAAGAUGUCAGCCAGAUUGACCAUUAUAAUCCUAGCACUUGUUACCCAUCUAGCCUUACAACAAGCCACUCAUAACGGGGAUGUUGUAGUCCGUUACCAGAACACUUUGCACGAAAACCCAGGAGAGGGAGAGAGAGACAGACUGAAGGCUGUCUGCACUUUGCGGGAAGCUUUCUCUCCACUAAUUCCAAGUUGUUAAAGCCUUGAAUUUGAAUCCCUUUAGUCUCAGUUGAACCCCAAUGAGGCCUUCAGCCUUCGGGUAGACUUUGUUCAUUCCUGGAUUAGCUGAUUCAUAUAGAACACAGCACACAGUACAUUUUCCUCUCAGAGAGGAUAAAACUCAGCGAAGCAGUGGGGUGUGUAGAUUAGGACGGAUCUGUGAUGUAGAGAAUAAAGAUGGUAUUAAGCAUUGAGGAGUUGGCACAUCUCUUUCUGGGCUCAGUUGUCCAGGACAUUUAUUAUUGCUAUCAGUUCUGCUUCCAUGCCUUUAAAAAUAUCAUUGUAUAUAGCUGGCCUAUACCGGGGAAUUAGCACUUGUAUUUCAUUUAAUCACAGGGGUGACAACAAAAACAUGGAAUUAUAAUCAAAGCCCAACAUGUUAAAAUCCAACUUUAGGUGUGAUUAAAGGAAGCACUAACACUGUCGUUUCAUUAGCUUUGGAUGUAGGGAAAAAGAGAUUGGUCAUCUCCUGAUGCAUUAUUUAUAACCUGGGCAUUUGUUAUUUCUUUAAAUGUUUUUGGCUGCAGUUGUAUCACCUCUGUAUAACUAUAUGCCCCCCAGCUUCUACUGGACUGUUAAUUGGGGUUCUGCUACAGGGAUUAGCUGUGUAAAUGUGGUGUAUGUUGGGAGGGCACUUGGGGCUGAACAUACACAGCUGUGAUUAUUUGAUAAUAUCUUUUGAUUGCUCUUUUGACCAUUUAAAACCAAUUUUUCUGGAAUAUUUUUAGGUGUUCAGGGGAAAACUGGUCAGGCGGGGAGUGACGUUGGGUUACUUGGAUGUUUUCAAGUUUUGGUUUGAUCAGUAGAAAUGGUGAGCGGGUGGUGGGAGUUGUGGUGUAUGAAUGCACAUCCUGUCUUGAGAAGCUGUCUCGACUUUUCGCCUUUCUCACCACAGAGGAUAGGAACUUAAUGAGCCAACAUGACAAGACAAAAGAAGUAGAAAAUUCAAAAAUCCCAAACCACAGACUCUUGAGACAGAAUGUGCUUUUUCUUUCCCUGCAUUUCUCAUAAGGUGUGGCUUUCAGUGACAGCGCCAGACAGAAAAAAAUUAAUCUAAAUCUUUGUAUUAAAUAGAAUUCACAUUAAAGCUUCCAGACAAAAUAUAAUAUUUCAUUUCAAUAUGUAAGUUCUUAUUGGCCAAAUCGCCUGUACCUGUCACUUCAGCCUGCCCUUGAGAAGCCCCAACUGUAAAUGCCCUGUAAUUCAUUAGGUUGUACCCUGCCUCCUUCCUCUUUCCCUCCCCUGUUUGGAUCUGGUGGAAGGGGUUGGGAAUCAACCUGCAAAAAUCUCUUUUCUUUUGUUUUGCAAACCCUUGUCAAGUGCCUCUGUAGCAUUUAAUUGAUUUGAAUAAACAAAAUGAACUAAUUUAGAAAGGAGAGUAAAUAAAGAGGUGUUGUGUACAAUAAAGGGACUGG